GAUAUAAGACCCGUGGAAAUGAAUGUAAACGCAAUAAAAGUACAUAUACAUGUAGUUUUAGAUUAUUAUUUUUUAGAGAACAUGUUAAUUUAUUACAUUUUUUUUUUUUUAAAAUGAGGAACAUGUUUAUUAGAUUGUUAUGCAUAUUUCGGUGAAAUUGAAAACUUAAAAAGAAAACUAUUCAUCGAGCAAUUGUUGCUGGGCACUCGAAAACGACCGGAGGUCAAACCUCUUUACCUUCCAUGGCGUUUUCCGGGUUUCCAUGGGUCAAUUGACCACCUUGCCCCAACGUGGGUUCCGCUGCAGUUGCAUUUCCGUAAUUUUGGAGAAAACCAAUGGCGGCUUCGGACGCUUUCAGCGUUCGGAUCGUCUCCGUCGAUUACUACAUGGCGCCGCCGAUCCCAGGCGUCGAUAUCUCUUACAGUAGCUUCCAAGGUGGGAAGGUGAAUGAGGUUCCCGUUAUACGAAUAUUCGGCUCUACUCCGGCUGGCCAGAAAACUUGCUUGCACAUUCAUCGAGCGUUACCAUAUUUAUAUGUGCCAUGCGCCGAUAUACCGAUUCAGCUGCACGAGAAAGGUGAUUCUUACACACAUGAUAUGUCUCUUCUUAUAGAGAAAGCUUUGAAGCUCAAAGGCAACGCUGGUUCAAAGCGGCAACAUGUGCAUAGUUGCAGCCUUGUCCAGGCAAGGAAGCUUUAUGGUUACCAUUCAUCAGAGGAGGUGUUUGUGAAGAUAUACCUCUACUCUCCACAUGAUGUCUCUCGUGCUGCCAAUCUUCUUCUGGGAAGUUCAGUUCUUGAUAAAUGCUUACAGCCUCAUGAAUCUCACAUUCCCUUCAUUCUCCAGUUUCUGGUUGACUACAACUUGUAUGGGAUGGGUCAUCUACAUGUAUCAAAGAUUAAGUUCCGUCAUCCAAUACCAGAUGCCUUCUGCCCUAGGAAGUCUGUUCACAAUGGACAGCCUAGUCAGGACAUAGAUAAGUCAACUUGCAUGCCUGCCGAUUUCCAGGCAGAUAUACAUGGCCAUCUGUCUUUGGGUUCACCUGUUUGGAUAUCGUCCACAAUUCCAGUUGACUGGACGUGGAAUUCUCCUGGUGAAUUUGAUGCUUCCUCAAAUCCAGAUAUGAACUGCAUUAAACGUCAAAGUAUUUGUGAACUUGAGGGGGAUGCUACUGUAGAUGAGAUUCUUAAUCAGCAGCUUAAGAUAUAUACAUCCUUCUCGCAAACUCGUUCAGAUGUGAAAAUGGUUCAGUCACUUAUACCAAUUUGGGAGGAGUAUGAAAGGACGGGGAUACAUGAGGCAGCAAUACCUCCUGAUCCUGCCAAACCACUUCCAGAAGAUACUUUGAAAACUCUAGCAGGUGGUCUAGAAUUUAAUAACAAACUUAUCAAAGUGCAUGGUGAAGCAGAAAGUUCUUUGUGUCGAACUCAAUUAAGGAAAGAUGUAAGGUCUGUGGAGCAGAUGACAUCUCCAAAAGAUGAAGGAAAUUUUGUUCAACUCCAAACUGAUAAUCUUACUGAUGGAGAUAUAAUUAGAUCUCCGUCAACCCAAGAUUUUACUGAAGAAAGGGUUUCAAAUGCCAAACUUUCAUUGAAUAAGGAACUUCCAGCAUCUCAAGUGAUCGAGACGAUAAAUAUGAAGGCUGCAGAUAAUGAAGCACUGGGUCUUCUUAGGUGGCUUGCCACUUCUCAGGCAGCUGAUGAUAUAAACUCUGAUGAUGAACUUGUUUGUGAAACAAUUCUGAGUCCCUUGUUGCCUGCAACAACCAUUGACAAGGUUCUGGAGAAAGCUAAUGUGGACUAUGAGACUGAAUCCCAAAAGGAGUGUCAGGACAUCCUUGAUUCAGUUGGUGAUUUAAUCGACUUUGAGGGAGGAAAGGAAAAAGCUUCUUACCCUUCAGAUCGAAACCAUUCCUCCAAACGCUCAUCUGAGUAUGUGAUUCCCCGGGUGGAUGGUUGUGGGGAUGAUGCUAUCUCAACUCCUUGUGAUGGAUCAAGUGGAAGCUUUUCUGAAAUAGAGGGGAAGAGUGAAUUUAGAACCUCUGAUCACCAGGUGCAAGAUGAUAGCUCAAGCUUCAAUCAUAAGCACAAAAGGAAAAAAUCAUUAUGGGGCUCUUUACCUUUGUCUGCGACCCAAAAGAUGAAGACAGAAGGAGAACUUAUCAAGUUAUACAGAGAAACUAAUAAACCUGUUGGUACAAGUUCCUCUUCUGAGGAUCAGGUGGGAAAACGUGCAGGCAUUGGUGCUUGUGACUUAAAAGAGAGUAGUAUGUUGGCAAGAUGCUCUGUGAGGGACCUGAUGAGGAGAAAGCGAUCCUACCGAAUUGAGCCACCUGAAUGUGGCUCUCAAGGGAUUAAAGAGGUUCUUCUGGGGAGGGAAGAAAAUGAAGAUACGCUUCUCUGCGCAAAACGUUUAGAUUUUCAAAUGUCAUGUGCUGAUGCCACAACUUUUGAAGGCUUAUCUUCCAAGGGUGGAGUGUGUGAAAUGCCUUUUGAGAAUCCUGUGGGUGUAAAUGCCAUAACUGUUGCUACUUUUCUAAACAAUGAGGGGAGUGGUGGUCAGAAACUGGGUGUUGACUCUGUUUUAUGUGGGCUUAGAAACUCACCAUUUGGGGUCAUCCCUUCUGAUGAUAAGGGCUUAAUUGAAAUGAGCUUCUGCAGGAAACCCCCUGUUGCAGACUGGAACUACGGGGAAUCUAAAAAUGCUUCAUCGUUAUAUGACGGGAGAGCUACAGAUGAAUUUUGCCCCUUUUUUGUGCGAGACUGCCAAGAUGAGAGAGAAAUUCAGAACAAGUGUGUCAGAAGUGAAUCCAGUUCUCAUCAAGAAUCUGUUAUGGGUGUACCUAUUCACUAUCAAACUGAUGGCUCUUACUUGUAUCUGUUAACACCUGCAACUACACCCCCUUCUGCCAAAAAUGUAUGUAGAUGGUUGUCAAGUGAUGAAAAAGGAUCUUCUAGGAAUCUCACUGGUCUGCAGAGUUAUUUGCCUAAUGAUUGGGAAAAAAGUUCACCUGAAUGUGGUUCUAUAGAUGAUGUUCUGCCUAUUCUACACCAAGGAUCUCAAGAGAAUCAUGGAAAUCAUGAAACAGAAAGGACAGAAAUAGUGCAAAGAGAAGGAGAUGCUGUAAAAGUUCAAACGUGCUCUGAAUACUCACAAGAUAGUUCUCAGAUUUCCGGUCCAGAUGGGAGAUCAAAGCCCACGCCUCUGAGUCAGAUUGGAUUCAGAGACCCUGCAAGUGUUGGCGGAGGCCAACAGCUGACAUUGUUAAGUGUAGAGGUUCAAGCAGAAUCAAGAGGAGAUCUUCGACCUGAUCCUCGGUUUGAUGCCAUCAAUUUGAUCUCUCUUGCUAUUCAGAAUGAUAGUGAUUCUAUUGUUGAAAUUUUUGUGCUUUUGCACAGUAAAGCUGAAAGUUCUCAGAGGAUUCUUGAUGGAAUUUCUGGCUGCAAGGUGUUGGUUUUUUAUGAGGAGAAGUACUUAUUUGAUCAUUUUAUAAAAACUGUAUGCUCAUUGGACCCAGAUGUUUUGAUGGGUUGGGAUAUACAAGGUGGUUCUCUUGGGUUUUUAGCAGAAAGGGCUUCGCUUUUUGGUAUAGGCUUACUCAACAAGAUAUCUCGGGUACCAUCUGAAACCAAGAUGGAGGCUGAAGAUUUAGAAAUUCCGGAGAAAGCAAUACAAGAAAAAAUGAUUCAUGAGGCAGUCAUUGCUGAUCCAGUUGUACUAGAUCCAAUAGUUGAGGAUGAAUGGGGAAGAACUCAUGCCAGCGGUGUCCAUGUUGGCGGUAGAAUUGUCCUUAAUGUCUGGCGGCUGAUGCGUGGUGAAGUCAAGCUCAAUAUAUACACAGUUGAAGCUGUUGCUCAAGCUGUGUUGAGGCGAAAAGUCCCAUAUAUUCUUAAUAAAGUACUGACGAAAUGGUUUUUAAGUGGCCCUGGACGAGCCAGAUAUCGAUGUAUUGAGUACUUAAAUGAGAGAGCAAAGCUGAGCCUUGAGAUAAUGAAUCAAUUAGACAUGAUAAAUCGAACAUCAGAACUUGCUCGUGUAUUUGGCAUUGACUUUUUUUCAGUUCUGUCUAGAGGUUCACAAUACCGUGUUGAAUCCAUGUUUCUGAGAUUGGCCCAUGCUCAAAACUAUGUUGCCAUUUCCCCUGGGCCGAAACAGGUUGCUUCUCAACCAGCAAUGGAGUGCCUACCUCUUGUCAUGGAACCAGAGUCUGGUUUUUAUGCAGAUCCAGUUGUCGUUUUGGAUUUUCAGUCUCUUUAUCCAUCAAUGAUUAUUGCAUACAACCUUUGCUAUUCUACAUGCCUUGGAAAAGUUGUGCCUUCAGAGGCAAAUACACUUGGAGUCAGUUCAUUUUCACCUGAUCCCCAUGAUCUGCAUAAUUUAAAAGAUCAGAUUCUGCUGACUCCCAAUGGUGUUAUGUAUGUACCAGAAAAGGUUCGUAAAGGUGUACUGCCACGUUUAUUAGAGGAAAUAUUGUCAACGAGAAUAAUGGUUAAACAAGCUAUGAAAAAGUUGUCUUCUUCAGAGCAAGUUCUUCACAGGAUAUUUAAUGCAAGACAGCUUGCUCUGAAGUUGAUAUCAAACGUAACAUAUGGCUAUACAGCUGCUGGGUUUAGUGGCCGUAUGCCUUGUGCCGAGAUUGCAGACAGUAUUGUUCAGUGUGGCCGUAGUACAUUGGAAAAGGCUAUUUCAUAUGUAAAUGCACAUGGGAAGUGGAACGCUAGAGUUAUUUAUGGCGACACAGACAGCAUGUUUGUUCUCCUAAAGGGACGCAGCAUUGAAGAUUCUUUUCAGAUUGGACAUGAGAUUGCAUCUGAAAUUACUGCUAUGAAUCCAAAUCCAAUUGCUUUGAAGAUGGAAAAAGUUUAUAGCUCGUGCUUCCUCCUUACUAAGAAGCGUUAUGUUGGUUACAGUUAUGAAAGCCCUGAACAGACUGAACCUAUUUUUGACGCUAAAGGUAUUGAGACAGUUCGCAGGGAUACAUGUGGGGCUGUUGCCAAGACAAUGGAGCAGUCUUUGAGACUCUUUUUUGAACAUCAGGACAUGUAUGAGGUUAGAGCAUACUUACAGCGUCAAUGGAAGCGGAUUCUAUCUGGAAGGGUGUCUCUUCAGGAUUUUGUAUUUGCAAAGGAGGUUCGCCUAGGCACCUACCGUGCGAGUGCUUUUUCGUCACUUCCACCAGCUGCAAUUGUUGCCACAAAAGCUAUGAGAACUGACCCUAGGGCAGAACCACGUUAUGCAGAGCGUGUACCUUACGUUGUAAUCCAUGGGGAGCCUGGGGCCCGUCUGGUUGACUUGGUGGUGGAUCCAUUGAUUCUCUUGGCUAUUGAUUCACCCUACAGAUUAAAUGAUCUUUAUUACAUCCACAAACAGAUAAUCCCAGCUUUGCAGCGAGUGUUUGGGCUUCUUGGAGCUGACUUGAGCCAGUGGUUUUCAGAUAUGCCCCGCCCUGCUAGAGAAGCCUUUGGUAAACGCCUCUUUUACGCGUCCAAUCCGCACCGAACCAGAAUUGAUUAUUACUAUCUUUCAAGGCAUUGUAUCUUGUGCGGUGAGUUGGUCCAGGCAUCAGCCCAUCUAUGCAAUCAAUGUUGUGAAAACAAAAGUUUUGCUGCUGUAGCUGUAACUGGAAGAACUUCAAAACUGGAGAGAGAGAUGCAGCAGCUUGCUGGUAUUUGUCGACAUUGCGGAGGGGGGGACUGGGUUGUAGAAAGUGGCAUCAAAUGCACUUCUCUUGCAUGCUCAGUGUUUUAUGAGAGGCGUAAAGUUCAGAAAGAACUACAAGGGCUUGCUUCUGUUGCUGCGGAAACGGGUUUCUAUCCUAAAUGUAUGCUCAAAGCCCAAACAAAAACACUUCCGGAAAUGGCACAAACUCCACACUCACUGCUCCUACUCAAACGCCUUUCUCGCUGUUCUCCGAACCUUAAACCCCCUUCAGCUUUCCUCUCUCUCCUAAAACCCUUCUCAACCUCACCAACCCCAAUCUCCUCCUUAGAGCCAAAACCUUCCUCUCUCUCAGCACGAUUGAGUUUCGUCUUCGACCAAAUUGACGCCAUUGAGAAAGAACGCUCCGAGAAGGAUCAAACCCUUCAAAAAAUCCGAGCUUGGCGCGAAUCCAAAAAAUCCCAAAAUAACCCAGAAUUAGGGUUGGGAGUUGUCAGUGACAGCGUAAAUAAUGCUAAGUUGAUUAGUUCUGACUCAGUUUCGUCCGAGUCGGAGAGGUUUGAGACGCCAGUGGCAGCUAAGAAAGAGGUAGAGGUAGUGCACCCAUGGCCGGAGUGGAUUGAACUAAUGGAGAGGCUGGUGCAGCAGAACUACUUUGAUCAUAGGAGAAACGAUGAGGAUAGAAUGAUCCAAGAUAUCGGCUUUAAUGCAUCUGAAGCUGUUUUGGCGGCAGAGGAAGAUGCCCAGGGUGUUGAUUUCAAGGAUUUCAAGACUGUUCAAACAGCAUGUCUUAAUUUCGGGAAGGACCGGUUCGAUAUUAUGAGGUCCUUGUCGAGACAGGAUAUUCAAGUUUUGGUGGGUUUUGGCUGCCCGAGUACGGACAAGAAGGUGGUUUUCUCUUCAAAACUGUUGAGGAAGCAUACCCACCUUGAUGAAGGAGAUGUUUGCAGUUCCUGCAGUUUAAGAAAUUCCUGCGAAAGAGCAUAUCUGAUUACUAACAAAGAGGACGAGGCACGUACUAUUGAUAUAAUGCGUGUUUUAUUGGCUUAUGGAUUUGAUCCUGUAAAUGGAUCAGUAGUCAAUAAGUCACUUCUGAAACAAAAGUCUGUUAAGACUGUAGUCCGUAAGUUACUUCAUCAGGUUGUCAAGUUGAGUUCAGUUCCAAUAGAUCCUAAUCUUCCACCUCCAGUAAUCAAAAAGCCACCCCCAAAAGUAAAGCAGCCUCCUCCCCCUCCAAGAAGGCGAGUUGGACGAGAUGACAUUGAGAUGAAAAAAGGGGACUGGCUAUGCUCUAAGUGUGACUUCAUGAAUUUUGCCAAGAACACCAUCUGCCUGCAAUGUGAUGCCAAACGUCCAAAGAGACAACUGCUUCCAGGAGAAUGGGAAUGCCCUGGGUGCAACUUUUUAAAUUAUAGGAGAAAUAUGGCAUGCUUUCAUUGUGAUUGCAAGCGCCCACCGGACAAAUAUCUGGAGAACAAAGUGCAAGAAACGCAACGUGGCCCUAGGACAAGGGUGGAGAAGACUGCUGUUCUUCACAGGGACUCUAAUGCCUGGAAUUUUGAUUUUGAUGACAAUGAGUCAGAUGGGGCAGAUGUUGCUGCUUUUGAAUAUGCAGAUUCUUCAGUAAUAGGUGAAGGUUCUCUUGGUAACCAGGCUCAAGGACAAAAUUUUGGCCGCCCUAAAGAUAGCAGAGUACCAAGGGUUCACAAUGAAGAAUACUCUGAUGGUGAUACUGUUAGGCCAGGAAGAGGGUUUGAUGAUUUUAAUGAUGAAGAUGAUGGUAUUGACAAUUACGAGUUAGACACUAACAAUAAAAAUUCAGCACAGAGCGGUUCAAUUGAUUUUUCGGAAUUUGAAGGGUCCGAAUCAGAAGACAUUGAAGGCUCUGACAAUAGUUCGUGUGGUCGUCGCAGAACAAAAUCUUCUUACAAUAAGCCACAUAGGUCUACACGUCAACAGGCAGCGUUCUCUGUCACAGAUGAUGGUGAACUUGUUUCUGACAAAGAGCUUUCAGCCCAUCCCAACUGGAAGUCUAGUCAUGUUGCUGAUUCUAGAUCAAGAGGUAGGGGUAGAAAUACAACUGGUCCAUCCAGGGGAUUAAGCUUUGGUUCUGAUGAUGAACUUGGACUGUCUUCUGAUGUAGAUGAUGUAGAUCAAACUUUUGGAUCCAGGCAAGGUAAAUUGAAUAAAUUAGGUUCUGGGAGAAGAGAUUUUCAGAGGAGAGGAAAUUUUGAUGUUGAAGAUGAUUCAGUUUCUGGUUCAGAAUCAGACAAUGAUGAUUUUCAAUCCAAUAAAAAUAGACUGAGAAGGCCUAAAGAAAACAAUUUCAAAGGUCGGGGCAGCCAUAACUUUACCAGAGACACACAAUUUGAAUCCAGUGGAAUGAAGGGUGGUAGGAGAAAUUCUUUCAACAAUGACUUUGACAGAUCAGCACGAGGGUCUCAUGGUAGUAAUAAAGGAUUUCGAGGGAAUGAUUUUGACAGCCAGAGAAUGAGUAACAGAGGUGGUGAUAAGCAGAGUUUUAAGGGGGGUCCUAGAAGAGAAGGGUUUGGAAAGAGUGGUGGGAGGAAUUCUUUCAGUGAUGAUUUUGAUAGAUCAGCAGGAGGGUCUCGCGGUAAUAACAAAGGAUUUCGGGGGAACGAUUUUGAUGGGCAGAGAAGGAGUAACAGAGGGGCUGAUGCACAUAAUUUUAAGGGGCCUAGAAGAGAAGGAUUUGGAAAGCAGCAGCGUGGAGGGGUUAAUGAAUAUGGUAGGGACAAGGACAGGGGCUUUGAUGACUGUAGAAACAGUAGACGCGUAAUUGAAAGAUAGAUCCCCCAUCCACGAUGAGAAUGGCAGUACUUGGUUUACUUUAGAUGAUGAGGGCUCAUACUUGGUUCCUGAGGUGAAUGGUUGCAAAUUGCAACUCAUACAGAUGGAAAGGAGUGCUAAAGAUCCAAAGUGGAUAUUAGGAUACCUGAUCUCGUUGCCGGUUUCAAUUUUUCCAUGUAUCAUCAGGAGUUUUCAUCAAAUCAGAAUUUCAGUUUCAUUGCCAUGCCAGUUUCGAUUCGAUGCAAGUUCUUCUGAUCUAAACCUUAAAUUUCAAUGGCAACUUCUGCAUCUCAUUAUGACAAGUUUGUUUGCACUUCAUGUCAAACUUCCGAAGCAAGAUUUUCUUCAGCAAUUGGGCUCAUGUUGUUUGUGGCACAACUUCAAGCUUCAAAUUCUCCACUGUUCUGCAGAUGAAAUAGGAAAUUUAAAGCUUUCUCAUUCAAUGGGUAACAAGUGGUUUUGCCUGCCUCAAGUUCUAUGUAAAUAAAUAAAUUUUGUUUUUUA